GGAAGCCUCACAUCAACAGAAAGAGCAAGCAAGGCUUGAUCACCUCUGUCACUGCAACCCACUAGUCUUCCACUGACCUUUCCAAGAUGGUUGGACUAAGACCCUCUGAUAUCCCUCCUACUCCUGCUGUUAAGUUCAUCGGUGCCGGUACAGCUGCAUGCAUAGCUGACCUCUUCACAUUCCCCCUGGACACUGCAAAAGUUAGAUUACAGAUACAAGGAGAAUCUGCUGUGGCAGGAGCAGUAAAUGCAAUUCGAUACAAAGGAGUUUUUGGCACGAUCACAACCAUGAUAAAAACAGAGGGACCCACCAGUCUGUAUAACGGAUUAGUAGCCGGACUCCAGAGGCAGAUGAGCUUUGCUUCUAUUCGGAUUGGCUUGUACGAUUCAGUGAAAAACUUCUACACCAAUGGGAAAGAGCAUGCAGGGAUCGGUAUCCGGAUUCUAGCUGGGUGCACAACAGGAGCAAUGGCGGUCACCAUCGCACAGCCCACUGAUGUGGUAAAAGUCAGGUUUCAAGCACAGAGCAGUCUACGUGGAGUUAAGAAGAGAUACAAUGGAACUUUGGAUGCAUACAAAACCAUUGCCAAAGAGGAAGGAAUGAGGGGGCUCUGGAAAGGAACAUUUCCAAACGUCACAAGAAAUGCUAUUGUCAACUGCACUGAAUUGGUAACCUAUGACCUGAUAAAAGAGAACAUACUUCACUAUAAGCUGUUAACAGAUAAUCUCCCUUGUCAUUUUGUGUCUGCGUUUGGGGCUGGGUUCUGUACGACGGUUAUAGCCUCUCCUGUGGAUGUUGUAAAAACCAGAUACAUGAACUCACCUCCUGGCCAGUACAAAUCCGCUAUUAACUGUGCGUGGACAAUGCUCACCAAGGAAGGGCCGACAGCGUUUUACAAAGGGUUUAUGCCUUCAUUCCUUCGGCUUGGUUCAUGGAAUGUAGUAAUGUUUGUGUCAUACGAGCAACUGAAACGUGCCAUGAUGAUGUCGAGGCAAAGAAUAGAAUACGCUGUGUGAUCCUAUGAGAACGAAUUAUGGAGUGAAAGCUUGAUGCUAAAUCCAUGUUUUCCAUUCAAUGGUCUUGCAUAACUGGACUGUGUGCAGGGCAUUGUCUUAAUAGCCACUCAGCAUGACUUAGCAGAAAAUGCGGACCUGGAUAUGUAGGUCACAAUGUCAGUUGCAUGGGGUAUUCCAGACUAAUUCAUAAAAUCUGUCCCAAAGUGGCACUGAGUGUCAGCACAACCUAAACUAUGCUAUUAGAUGUGCUAGAGACAGGAGAAUUGUGAUGGGAAAUUACAAAUAUUAAGCAUAGAUAGCACAGAUAAUAUUAUUAAUUUCUGCUAUUUUUAUGUAAAUGGCCCAGUUGAUAAUUUGUAGCUUUCAGAAUACAGUGUUGUUUAGGUUUAUUUAAUGUGCCUUUAUUGGUCACUGUUGACUUUCCUCCGACCAUGGUUUAGAAUUCCUCUAACAAUUAAUAUUUUAUAUUCUAAAUAUGGUUUGUCUGCAACCUUUAUGACUGGAGAUCAUAUCGAAGCCUCUUUGAUCAUUCAGAAUAAGAAGGGAUGUUUCCAAUGACCCAAAUCCCAAAUUACUUCUACAUUAUAAAUGCCUCAAACUAAAGAGAUUUGUCUCAAUGUUUAAUAAUCAUGUUAUAAUGAAUGACUAUAUUUAAAAUGCACUUUAACACAGUCAAUAUUCCCAUUGCCAAAAUGGUUUCAGAAAAUACAGAUUUUUAACUUAUUUACUGUAGUUUGCAUGGCAUAUAGGUGUUAAAUGUUAACCUUUAUAUUUUUUCUGUUUUAAAUAUAUUUAUCAUUCUGGUUGGGAAU